GAUUCACUGAGUGGUUUAGGAUGCUCUCAGGCCUUUGUUAGCAGUGUAUGCAGUGGAUGAGUGGCUGAGUCGGUCAUACUUGUGAGCCCAGAUAGUUUCCAUCCCGUCAACAUCCAAACAUACCGCAGAGCUCACCUGUUGACUUGAGACUGAAAAUCAUGGCUACCUCUUCCGUCCUCCGUCGGGCGCUCCUAUAUGUUCCUGCGUCUUCUCAGAAGUUCAUGACCAAGUCACUCUCCUUGGCUAGUGACAAUAUCACCUAUGACCUUGAGGACUCGGUGACUCCAGCAAACAAGCAGACCGCUCGCACACAAUUGCGCGACCACCUGUCCUCGCUUUCGAACAAGCCAGCCUCCAUUGGAGAGCUUGCUGUACGCAUCAAUGCUGUCUCGACCCCCUAUGCGCUUGAUGAUCUGACCACUCUCGCAAGCGCCCCAAACCUUGACGCCAUUGUCAUCCCCAAGGUCAACAGUGCUAGCGAUCUGUCCUUCGUUACAGAUGUCAUUCGCCAUGCUGCUCUACAACGACAUUCUUCCGAUCCCACGGCAAGCCCUCUCAAGCUAAUUGCCUUGAUUGAAUCGGCCAGAGCAGUCAUGGAUUUGCGCUCGAUAUGUGCUGCGUCACCGUAUCUGAGUGGUCUGAUCUUUGCUGCUGAGGAUUUUGCGUUGGACCUGUCUAUUACGCGAACGCCAGGUUUGGCCGAGUUUUUGUACGCCAGAAGUGCUAUUGUAACUGCUGCCAGAGCAUUCGAUCUCCCUAGCUCCAUUGACCUUGUCUGUACCUCAUACAAGGGUCCAGAGGGGGUAAAGCAGCUAGAAGAGGAGUGUCAAAACGGCAAGGAGAUGGGCUUCAACGGAAAGCAGUGUAUCCACCCUAGUCAGGUCGAAGUGACCCAGCGAAUGUUUGCCCCAGCAGAGGCCGAGGUUGAGUGGUACGUUCGUAUCCUCGUUGCCGAUGAUAAGGCCUCUGCAGCUGGUCGAGGUGCUUGGACCUUGGACGGAAAGAUGAUUGAUGCUCCUGUGGUUGGAAAGGCUCGGGCGGUAGUCGCCAAAGCCGCAAAAUGUGGAAUGGAUAUCGAAAACAUUAAGGCAAAGUGGAAGGAUCAGAAGCCGGAGUGAUGGCUUCUCUGCUGGAUCAGAUCACAUCUCAGAACUCGCGAGGAUCUUCCCACAGUCUCGGUAACCGGGUAUCUUGACCCCCUAUACCCUGCCCGUAAUGCUCUAGGUCGAAAUCUUCGGGAUCCUGUACCUGGAUAUGUGCUGGGUCUGUUGGAAGUUGAUGCUGAUUGUACCACGCAGUGUCCCGAAGAAAUAUAUCAUUGCCUUCGGGACAUAAUUCAUGGCCGAGCUGCUGUCGCCCUAUACCUUCAGUCAGGUCUGGACC